UUAGGUUUCCACUAGAACUUCCAGGGUUGUGGAGCUUUGUAUGGGGUUGGGCACUUUGAUCAUCCUAUAUGUCAUGUCCUACCCUCAAAAGUAUCACUUUUACUGGCCCAAGAUGGCUUACAAAACCUAAAAGCUAACAUACUGUAGUCUACACAAAGUAAAUACUUCAUGUUAACAAUGAAGAAUCAAAAUGCUUCGUAAUAAAUUAUGACUUACAGUUCUAUUUCUGGGGAAUAGGAAUACGUAUACCUAAUGUUGGAUUUGUUCUUGUGCUCUUUUGAAGGAAACAUCCUACUGUAUCAGAAAUUCCCAUGGUACCACGUCCAGAUUUCUUCACCAAGGCAGAUAAAGAGUUGGCAAAAAUCAUUGACCAUCACUGGCAGGAAGAGCUGAAGAUCCGAAAAGAAGAAGAUGCAAUAUGCAAGGCCCAAGAACUUGAAGAUAAGAAGUUAGAAGAGAAAAUUCACUUUCAAGAAGUUAUGAAGAAAAGAGAAGAGAAACUACAUAAGCAAACCAAACCCUAUGAGCUUCCUCAUAGAAGAGAAGUAGCUUAAUUAGAAAAGAAAAUGCCACCCCCAAAACUGAGGUCAAAAAUACAUAGCAUGAAAAAUACCAAGAUAGCUACAUAGUAAGAGAACUUUCUUGUAAUUAACUUGAGGUAUUGUAUAGAAGAACUUGUUAUCCUGAUACAAACUAUUUAAUAGUUAUUUCUUAGUUCUCAAUUAAUGACCAACUUAAUCACACUUGAAUGAAGUGAUUUCACUAGUCAAAACUUUCCAAUACUACAUCUAGUAUUUUUCUCAAUUGACAUUUAUCUCAUUGUACAGCACAUGUAAUAACUGAUUCUCAGAACGCUGAUAUUCAUCAAACAGUUUGAUGGAAAUUAACUACAAGUUAAUUAAUAAGUCACCAUAUAAAAAUUGUUUCUUGAAAACAGAAUGAACAUAAGCUAACACUCCUAUAAUUACUAUUAUUCAAAUAAAAACAUUAUGGCAUCUUA